AAAGAAAAGUGAGUGCAGAGGAAAUAGUCAAAAAUACUUGCAACGAGAUAAACGGAACUUGUGAAGGUUGAUGCCUUUGUGGCAGAGUUUUUUCAUUCAGCAUAAGUAAAAAUGUAAAACGCGAGAUUCGUGGGAGUAAAAUCGCAAUAGACAAAGCCGAAGCAAUUUGCAGUUAUUCAACGGAGCAGCGACCAUGACAUCUAUUUUGGAUAUGAAACCCGGUCCGCCUGACUACUGGGCGGACAUUUGCAACUUCUUUCUGCCGUUGAAGUACUUCAUCACGAACGAACGCUUCGAUGCGUUGAUGCAGCAUGUGGACUUGAAUUACUUGCUGAAUGCAAUGUUCUGGAUAUUUCUAUUCUUCGCUGGAGGCUUUAUUGGAUUCUAUAAAAUAUUCGAGGUUUUCCUAAAAACGUCUAACAUAAAAUUCUACAAACGCAAACAAUUCGCCCGCUCCGUUUGGAAUAUUUCUUUCUAUGCUGCUUGUACGCUUUUUCUAUAUUUCUAUAAUGAGUUUAUGUUGCUGCCACAACUUUCUAAAAAUCAAGGACGCUAUUCAUUGUUUUAUUCAUCGGAGAAUAUGAUUUUUUACAAAUCGCAGCAAUGCGAAAAAUUCCAAUUCUAUUCGCUAUUUAUUAUCACAUUUUAUCUGCACAACGCCAUAUUGGACUUUAAAGAAUCCGAUUAUCUAGAGGCUUGCUCUAAGACGCUCUACUUACUAGCACUGGUGGCCAUUGAUGUGUACAAAUAUGAGAACUACUUUGUUGGUCUGAAUCUCAGCUUAGGCGUCUAUAAUAUAUUAACCGAGACUCUCUUUCUACUAGCUUUAAUCAAUUCGAAUGGCAGCCGUUUGUUAUUUCAAGUGUUCUUGGGUCUACGUAUUGCCUCAUGGUCGCACGUAUUCAUCAGCCUGCUACCAUUCAAAUACUUAGUUCCUACGUUAUUUGCCAAAAAUUUUAAAAUAAUGCUAAAUGUAACCAUUUGGCUGUGGUACGGCCUCUCUAUAUGGAAUUCACCGGUGCUGCAGUAUUUUUAUCAUCAAAUUUAUCAUUCAUCGCCUGUGGAUUGUUCGGGUGAAGGAUCAGCGGCAAAAUGUAUUUUGCUGAAAGACUCGAGCGAGCAUCGUCAUUUUAAAACACUCAAAAAAGCCUAUAUGGAAGUAAAACUGGCUCAAGAAAAACUGAAAAUUAGCACACUGGCUAAUUCAUCGGGUUCAGAGAGCUCCUGUACCUCAGCCAAGGCCUUUCAAGCUAUAAAAUGCAUAAUGACGUUAAAGCGAAAAUUGAAACGUAUACGCGAAGGACGUGGUUCGGAGAUGGAGAUGGAGAAUGACACCGAAGAUAUGACUAAUGAAUAGAUGCGAAACUACAUACUUUUUGAGUUGAUGUGUUGCUUGUCGUGCAAUCUUGAAACUAUAUUACAUUAUAUGUUUGACAUAUCGAUUUUGCUUAACGCAAGCAGACAUUUAUAUUCUGCUUUUUUCAUCCUCUCAAUACCUUACGCUCUCUAUUUUUUGCACUUACCUUCACACUAGUCCACUAAUUUCUUCAUUUUGUACCCUUCUAAUAUUUAUUUGAAAACUUUGGAAAGCACUCAAUUGCUACUUUUACGAUUUUUAAAUAACAUUUGAAAAGACAUUUUUUGCGAUUUGUGAUGUGAGGCAAUCGCGCUUGCUAGUUUUACCGCUCUUUAUGUUUACUUACUGACAUUUUACAAUUUUUGUAGUUAUUAUAAAAUGUUAAACCUUUAAUGAAGACACACACAAACAUAUAUAUAUUUAUAUAUAUACAUAAACGAUUAAAAAAAUGUUUGGCUGUUGCAUAU